CACUUCACGUCUGGAAACUCACCUGAGGAGUUUUCUCCACGGCGGACGAGCUACAAUGGACUACAAAGAACAGGUUGCUGAGAUUGUUGCCAAUGCCCAGUUUGGAGACCUGAUUGAAUUCUCCUAUCCUAUUGGCUACUCCCACUGGGGCGUGUACGAUGGAGACGGAUACGUCAUUCAUUUCGCUGUAGCAGAUGAGACCCAGAUGAUGAACACAUUCCGAAGCUACCUCCAGAGUGUGUUCCCUGUCUGCGGUGACCUUCUCCUCGGAGAGACCAAAAUCCGCCGGCAGCCGGUGGGAGAGGUCACUGUCCCCAAAGGGGCGCAUGUCUUAGUUUGCAACAACCGUCACGCUCUGAAGCCCACCAGCCAGGACGAGAUGAGGCACCGGCGCGACGCCCUGGUGAACAAAGAGCUUAAUUACAAACUCUUCUCACUGAACUGCGAACACUUUGCCACGUUUGUGCGUUACGGGAAAGCGAUGUGCAAUCAGAUUCCAGGGAGGACCAAAAACAAGGAGUGCGAGGAGGCGACCAAAGUGUUCGCAGACAUCGUGGAUAAAUUCUACACAUGAUCUCUUAUGACAGCAGUGUGAUCGCUGUCUGAGCGAUGCGUCACACUCAGAUCUGUAAAUCAUUCAUUUGUAAUAUAAAUCAUGAUUUCUAAAUCAGGAGUUCCAGAGUUCACACAUGUAUGACAUGAAAAAGACUGAACAGACUGGACAGGAACAAAGACUCUUAACACGGGUUUAGCUUAGAAACUAUCUUAGAUACUAUCAAUAGAGUAAAUACUAAUAUAGAGCCUUAGAGAAGCUUAAAGAGGUGUGUGAAUAUCUGUACACAUGCAGGUCUGAUGACAUGGGAUAUAAAAACUGUUAUACACCAAUCAGGCAUAA